GCCGGACCCACACCCAGCCCUUGUCCCCACUCCUCCUCCCCGUCCGGCCCCUCCCCCUCGGCGCGCAGCGCGCGGCGGGCGGGAGGCGAACGCAGGCUGAGCCCAGUGCAGUGACCGCCCACCGCUGAGCCGCCCGCGCAGCUCCCUGCCUGUCCGGCCCGCGGCGGCUCGCAGCCCCCGGCAGCAGCCUCGGCAGCUUCGGCCGCACCUCAAGAGGCGGCUGCAGCGGCUCUGGCGGCGGCCGAGCGACCGAGCCCAGGCUGAGAGACAUGAUUUCGUCGCGUCCCACGGCUUCUCCUCGGCUGCUUCCUCCCCGAGCUGUGCGCCCGCGUGUGCCGGGCGCAGGAGCGAGCGGGGCGCGGGCAGCUGGCGCAGCUGGAGGCGUGGUAGUACUGGUGGAGGUGGGGGGAGGGCAACUGCUCCGGGGCCACCUCGGGAGAGGCCGGCGAGUACCCGGGGGUCUCGGACGAGCCACCUACCAGAGCGUCCACGCCGGACUUCUACCGGGGCUACUUCGAUGUCAUGGGCCAGUGGAACCAGCGGUUCACUCGGGCGACUUCAUCUUCUGCUGCGGGACUUGUGACUUCCGGUUCUGCUGUACAUUUAAGAAGGGGCGACUGAGCCACCUCCACCAACUACGACACUCCGCUGUGGCUCAACACCCGCAAGGCCCCGCGCGCAAGGACGACUCCCCACACCACCCCACGAAGGACAAGACCACCCUGAUCCUUUACAUCAUCUGCGGGUGGGACGUCAUGGUGCUUGUCGGCAUCUUCACCAAGCGGGGGCUGGAGAAAGCGCACCGGUGGCAAAGGGAGCAAGUGUCCAGAAAUCACAGACAUGGCACUUCAUCCCUAAAUCCUUCAGUGUGGAUCACCUAAGAACAAGGACAUUCUCCCACAUGACACAAUCCCAGGAUCACACUCAAGAAGAAGGACAGAAACUCUGCAAUACCAUCAAAUAGCCAAUCAUGGUAACAUUUUCCUGGUCAUGCAGAAAUGUCCUCUGGAGCUUGGACUGCCAAACUCAGAUCCAGUCAAGGCUCACUGCAUCUGGGCUGUAAAAUAUCUUCAGUGUCUGUUAUAUAUUGUGUUUUAAAACCAACUUAGAACCAAGGAGAUUUCACAUAGAAAUCCCGAUUUCUGACUUCUCUUGAGAAAUUGGUAGAACCUACAACACCGGACGUGCAUUUUCACAGGGAAGCUGUUGGUUGCCACCCAGUGGUGACUUCCCUCCUUAGGAAGCUCUCAGGUUCACCUCUGUCUCCACCCCCCACCCAGUUCACUUAGUGCAGGUCCCUGCAGUGCCUGGAGACGCGGUCAGGCCGACCUCAAGUCAGAUGGCCGGAGAUUCCAUCCAGCCUGGCCACUUAAGAGUUGUGUGGCCUUGCGAAAGUGACUUCACCUCUCUUUUAGUUUCUUGUUUGUAAAACGAGACCACGGCGAUCCCUAUGUCCUAGGCUUGUGUGAAGGUUUCAUUGAGACUGGGCUUAGGAGGCCCUUAGCAUAGGACCUCUUUAUGGUCACUGCUCUGCAAAUUUUACCGCUUUGCCAUGACCCUUAUUAUUGGAAUUUUCUACCCCUUACCUGCCAGAGGGGUAAAUGUUGUAGUCUGAAACUCGGUUCCUAGCCCUCACUCUGUUAUAUCUUUUUAGCUAUGUGACAUUGGUCAAGGCUCCUAACUCCUUCAGACAUAAGCAGCGGAGGGUAACAGGUUCAGAAUAGGAGAGAAGACCCAGGUAUGGCCACAUUGAAUGCCUUGCAAAGUGUUGGCCUGGGUGAUAUUAAAGAACUCUUGUCCAGCCUGAUAUUUGGUAUAAGUUCUCAUUUAAUUUCAGGCUCUGCCCCAGUGAGGCAGGCGUUAGGACAUGUGCCUUUGAAGAGGCACAGAUUGCUUUCCAUGAGGAUGAACAAGGCCCUGGGGAGUGGAGGAGUCAGACUUCCAACCCAGACAGUCUGAGGCCAGAGCACAGGUUCUUGACCACUAGGCUGCACGGCCUUUGAGCGGACAUGUGCAGGACUUCUGUGCUCUCAGAUCACCUAGAAGUGCUUGCAGUUCUGCAAAUGGCAGCACGUGCCGGGGGGGGGGGGGGGGCAGAUCAAGAAGCCACUGUAAGAUCAAGACAAGGAGUGUUUCCUGCAUCUGCCCCUGGCAGGGCCAGCACCCUUGGAGGAGGCAUUGAUGAGAAAUGACCUUGGGGGCAGGAAUGCCUGUUUGAAGCUCCAUACACUUGGGGCCAGUAGGGAACACAUGCCAUUAUUUUGCCCACCUUCAAACAGAAUCAGAAAUCCAAGUGGCACAUUACACAGCACAGUGUCGUGGGUGCUUUUCAAACACACUUCAGAAGAGCUGGAGUCCCUUUUAAAGAAGUGGCAUCAAGGGAUAAAUGUCUUCCCUUCUUUUGCCUUUUCUCUCUUCCUCCUGUUUCCCCUUUUUCCUGCAUGUCUGUGGUUACCCUGUGGCUUUGACCAGCUCCCCAGCUUGGAGAAACCCUUGCAGGCACAUCUCCUUGCCCAUGGAGUAGUCUCUUUAUAUUCUUUUUCAUGGAAGGUUACUUCUCUUUGGGCAAUGGAGUCCUUGCAUUUUAGCAGUCACCUUCAGUGGGGUAUACUUUAUACAUUAAAAGGCACACAUUUUAAGUGUGGUUUGAGGAGCUUUGCCCGUACCUGUAUAACCACCGCUCCAGAAAGUUACCUCAUUCCCACAACCCUUGCUUUCUUGAAAGACUUAAAAGAUGCUUCUGGUACAACAGGAAAUGCUCCAGAAUCCUAUUCAAGUGUUUAAAUGUCAGAACACGGUUUAGACCUUGGGACUCCUGGAACCUUGGAAGCAAGAUGAGGAGGUUCUGAGCUCUGUUUGGGAAUGCUGGGGUCUUUUAUUUGCUCGCCGUAAUUGGAAAAUGAAGGAACACUGUGUUCUCUUUUCGUUUCUCAAAUAUAUCAAGCUCAUUGCUACCUUGGAGCUGUUGUGUUGGCUUGGCUUGAAUUCUCCUCCAUCAGACCUCACAUGCUGGCUCCCUCGCCAUUGAGGUCUCCGCUCCAAUGUCGCCUUCUCCGAGAAGUCGUCCCUGACGGAUGACCCAGGCUCAGUUACCACUGCCCCCCACCCACCCCCUCCAGCCCAUUGCUUGGUGUUCCUUGCUUCAUUUCACAUGAUAGUUUAAAAUUAACUUAUUAAUUUCCUGGUUUGCUACUUGAUUAUCUCUCUGUUUGCAUUACUGUCCACAGUGAGGAGUGCAGGGACACUCCACAAAUCUGUUCUGUUGUAUCCUCAGUGCCUGGAACAGUAUCUGGCACAGAGGAAUUCUGGUUUCUGACAUCCCAGUUUACAAAAGAAAGUACCUCCUCUUUUAUUCAUUCAUUCAUUCAUUCAUUCACCCAUUCACCUAUUCAUUUAAUAGGUAUUUAUGGAGCACCUAUGGCAUACCUAGCACUGUUUUGAGAGCUAGAAGAGAAUAGUGGCAGUACAGACACAUUCCCUGCGCUCAAAGAACUAACAGUCAAAUGGCCCAAGACAAGUAACACACAAGUACAUAUAGAAGGAAAUUGACACUAAAUUGAACCUUAUGAAAUUGCCAAUAUUCAAUCAUCCUUGACCGCCCAAAUGGCAAUGUCUGAACCAAAUUGUUCUGAACUGGGACAAGGGAUAUCAAGGAAAAUUCUAGUUUCUUUAGUAAGGUACCUGUAUUAGUUAGGGUUCCCCAGAGAAAGAGGACUAUAUUUAUAUAUACAUAUAUACAGUUGAAGGCUGUCAGACAGGAAAAUUCCCCUUUACUCAGGAGAGGGUCGGCCUUUUGGUCUGUGCAUGCUUUCAACUGAUUAGACGAGGCCCACCCGAAUGAUGGAGGGCAGUCUACUCAGUCUGUUGAAUGUCAAUGUUCAUUUCAUCCAAACACACAUUCUCAGAUGCAUCCAGAAUGACCUUUGACCAAAUAUUUGGGCACCCUGUGGCCCAGUGAAGUGGACACUUAAAAGUUACCAUUAUAGUUCUUUUAGGAACUUAGUAUUCAGGGUGUGUCCUUUGGAGCAGCCUCAUUUUCAUGACCUGGGAGCUUGAGCAGAAGAAUGUUAUGCCAUGCCUCAGACUUACUGAAAUAGAAUCUGCAUUUUAUCAAGGCCCCUAGGUAGCAUGAAUGCAUAUCGUUUGAGAAGCACUCAAACUAUGUGUUACAAAUAGAUGGCAAAUCCUUGGGAGUUUGUUUGGUUUAUAGCACAUAGUUGGUGAUUUCCACUGUGUUAUUUAUGAAGCUUUUUGUACAUGUAUUUUCACAUGUUUUUUAGUAUGUACCCCAAUCCAUACACAUCUGUUAUACUAAUAAGUAUGUGCAUGUACCAGUGAACAGUUAUUAGGUACAUUAUAAAGCGUACAUAACAACAAAUUUUAAACUGAGCUGAAGGUGCAGUAAAUAUUAUUGUAAAAUUUGUUGGUAAGCACGAUGACAUCGUGCAAUCAUUAGCUAAUGUCAAAGCAUGAUGUAUGUUGAGGAUGAAACUUAGCAUUAAUAAACAGUCCAUAUUUUGAAUAUUUUUCAUGAGAGUUUUGAUUAUUCUUGGCUGACUUUGCUUUGAUCUGAAUAGAACAUCAUUGUUUUUAACCUUGUGACAAGCUAGCUGUUCAAGAGAUGGGGAGAGUCAACACAAUUGUUUUCUUGUGCUUCCUCUAUCAAUAUUUUCUUGAGUCUGUGGUUUUGUUAUGGCAGGGGGUGGGGGUAGUGGUUUAAGCCAUGUGCCUGCUUAGUGAUGGUUAGCCUCACUAACCCUAGAUAAUGAAUCUGCAUAUCUCCUUUAGCGGGGCACAUAGCUGUAAUAUGGGCAACAUACCCCACCGAUGGUGCCACUGCCAGUCAUCGUUCUUAGUCUGAGCUUCCUGAUUGUCACUGUCUGACGCAGGCAUAUCAAGUGAGGGUGCCAGCAUUCAUACAUAUAUUGCAUUGAUUCCCCACUUUGACGACUAAAGACCGUACGCAGGAGUUCUCAGAUUUCCUGUCCCUAUGCCGAAUCAUUUUAUGUGGUCUGUAGAGUGAGUGGACUCUACUUUGAAGACUGCUUUUCCAGGAUAUGGAGGCCUCUUAAGAACUCUCAUCUCCAUUGCAUGCCCUGGGAAGGGCUGCCUUGGGGAAAAGCAUCCUUGGCUUUUCAGGAAUUUCAGCACUCUGGAGAAGCCCAAGGGAUCUGCAGAUAGUAGUGCUGACCAAGUUCAUGGUAGCUGUCCUGAUAACUUACUAUGCGAACCUCUUGAAAGCCUGAAUAACAUGGAAUUAUGGGGAGGGGGGGGGACUCCUUAGAGAAACUGGUGAAAGCUAUGGCUUCUUGCUUGAGAAAAAUGCACAAACAAAAUUUCCACUCAACUCCCAAGGGGUCCAGGGACCCCCUGAAACUCAUGAUGAAGAACCUGUUUAGAAGUGAAAAAGGCAAAUCAGGUUUGGAGGGCCUGCUUUACCUCAAACAUUCCCUUUCCUGCAGCCUCCUUGAGUUUCAGACUCUGCUUACAGCACAGAGUGAGGAAGGAGGCUGAACUCCGAUUUCAGAGACACUCAGUUUUGUAUGUCAGUCCCUGCAUUGAUGUGCCAGGUGAACUUGAACAGUUUUUUAGCUCCAUAAAAUGGGUAGGUUUUCCUCACCUUAAAUGCUCCCUUCCUUAUUGGCUAUCCUCCAGCUUCAUUGGCCUUUUGGCUUAUAUCUCAAAUAUCUGAACUCUUUCCUGCCCCAGGGCCUUUGUACUUGCUGUUCCCUCUGCCGGGAAGGUUCUUUCCAUCAUCUUUACAUGACUUACUCCUUCUUACCGUUCAGGGCUCAGCUCAAAUAUCAACUCUUCAGGAAAGCUUUUCCUGAUCACCUUGUGUGUGUGUGUGUCUGUCUCUCAGUUUAUUUAGAAUUUUAGAAAAGUGUACAAUUCAUUGAUUUUUGGCAUAUUCACAAAGUUGAGCAACUAUCACUACUAUCUGAUUCCAGAACAUUUUCAUGGUUGAAAGUCUGUAUACAUUCCAGAGCCACUCCCCAGUCCUCCCUAUCUCCAGCCCCUGGCCACCACUGGUCUACUUUGUAUCUCUGUGGAUUAGCCUAUUCUGAACACUCGAUGGAAAUAGAAUCACAUACCCUGUGGCUUUUUGGGUCCUUUGCAGGAGCCUCAAGCUUCCAGGUUCCAUCCAUGUUGUAGCAGGUAUCAAUGCUUCCUUCCUUAUCAUGGCCAAAUCAUACUCCACUGCAUAUCACACAUUCUGUGUGUCCAUUCAUUAGCUGAUUUGGGUUGUUUCCACUUUUGGGCUGUUGCAAAUAAGGCUGCUAUGUGCCGGUGUCGCUUGAUCAUGUUACACUUUUUCAAAUUUAUUUAAUAUGCAUAUAUUUUUUUAUCCUGUCCCCUAGAAUACAAGCUCCAGGAAGACAGCGAUCUUGUGCAUCUUGCACACUGGCUGUGUUCCCAGAGCUUUGACUAGUGCCUGGCACAUAGUAGGCAAUGAAUGUUUGUUGAGUGAAUGAAUGAAUGAUUGGGAGCUGUUGUUAUUCUCUUGUGUCUUGGCACACUCCUCUAAUUCUUGUGGGACUCUUGCUGUGUUAUCUGUAUUUCACAUCUGACACUUUUCACCAGCUGUGGUUUUUGGGCCAUUGUCUCAUUGCCCCCUGAGCAACCACUCAGUCCCCAAGCUUGGGGCUUCUGUGAGCCUAGCACAGGCUCAGACUUGAACGUGCACUUGAAAGCACAGGUAGCUAACUCCAGAGUUUCUGAAUCAGUAGGUCUGGGUGGAUGUGAAAAUUUGCUUUUUAACGUGCUCCCAGGUGAUGCUAUUGCCGUGGGUUGGGAGACAUUAUUUGAGAAUUGGUGCUAUUGAGGGGGUAAAUUGCAGCAGGCAGGGUGGCCUCACUCAGACAGCUCCCCUUCCUUCUCUGUCUCCCUUGAUGCGGACUCAGAGGGUUCUGGUUUGUUAAGAGCAUCUGGAUGUAUCCUAAACCAUGGCAGUGUCACUUGUGAGUGUAUACCCUGAGAAGCUCUCCCUGGUCCAAGAGGAGGCAUGGAUGAGGACGCCUAUUGCUGUGUUGUGUUCAGAGGCAGGGAGGCGGUGACCAUCUAGGUGUCCAUAAUUGGGGAACUGGAUAAGCAGGGCUGAUAUUCUUCCACUUCACCAUGAAACCACUGGGUAAAGGAGAUCCACACUUAGAACUUUGACUAGCUCUCAUGUCGUGCAAAGAGGAAGAAACAGAAUGAGGUUUGUGGUCAAAACACUACUCGUGUCAAAGAUACACACUAUGCAAUUAUACCUACAAUAGUAUAUAUCGUUCAAGGAUAAUCCUGUCUCGGUAAAGACAUGGUGGAGCAUAGGUGAAGGGAAAGAAAUGGGGUGGUGAGGUCUGACCUUAGAUGUGAUAUAUGCUUGACACUUACCUGUGUUCUGCUCUCUGUGCAAACACUGAGCUGCUUUACUAAGGUUACAUCUAAUUGUGAAGGUCACUGUUCUGGGUGAAUUGUGUACCCCCGCCCCAUAACAAAAUUUUUUUAAAAGUCCUGGUCUUUUUUAGUGAUCCUCAGAAAGUGGUCCUCAGAAUGUGACGUUGUUUAGAAAUAGGAUUUUGCGGAUGUAAUGACUUGAGAUGAGGUUAUCCUGGAGGAGAGUGCACCCCUAACCCAGUAUGACUCGUGUCCU